AUGCCUAGCAAGCUACAGAAGGCCAUUGGAGCAGUGAAGGAUCAGACAAGCAUUAGCCUUGCCAAGGUUGCAAGCAACAAUUCCUCCAACCUUGAGGUUGCAGUGCUCAAAGCCACCACCCACGAUGAUGUUCCAAUCGACGAGCGGUAUGUCGCCGAAGUCCUCGACCUCGUCUCAUCCAACAAAGUCUACGCUGCGGCCUGUGCAAGAGCCAUCGGAAAAAGAAUAGGCCGGACUCGGAAUUGGAUUGUUGCCCUCAAAUCCUUGGUUCUUGUUCUUCGAAUAUUUCAAAAUGGUGAUCCAUAUUUCCCUAGAGAAGUCCUCCAUGCAAUGAAAAGAGGUGCCAAAAUACUCAACCUCUCGAGCUUUCGUGAUGACUCAAACACUAGCCCGUGGGACUUCACUGCCUUUAUUCGAACAUUUGCUCUUUAUCUUGAUGAGCGUUUGGAUUGUUUUCUCACCGGGAAACUCCAACGUAGAUAUACACACCGGCAGAGGGAGACAUCCCACCGGAGCCGGAGGCCAAACGAGCCCGUUCGUGACAUGAAACCUGCAAUGCUACUCGAUAGAAUUUCAUUUUGGCAACGUUUGCUUGAACGAGCCAUUGCCACUAGGCCAACCGGUGCAGCCAAGACCAACCGGUUGGUGCAAAUCUCUCUCCUCGCCGUUGUUCAAGAGAGUUUUGAUCUUUACAAAGACAUUUCCGAUGGGCUCGCGCUUCUUCUUGAUAGUUUCUUCCAUUUGCAAUACCAAUCUUGCGUGAACGCAUUUCAAACUUGUGUCAAGGCUGCAAAACAAUUCGAAGAGCUUGGUGCCUUUUAUACUCUAUGUAAAAACAUUGGUGUUGGGAGGACUUCUGAAUACCCAUGUGUACAAACAAUAUCUGAAGAGCUAAUAGAAACAUUGCAAGAGUUUUUGAAAGAUCAAUCUUCUUUUCCAGGGAAUGGUAGGUCUCCAAACCCACGUUUACUUCUUCCGGCGCCACCCAAUCCCGGGACAAUCUCUGGGCGACAUGACAGUUAUGGAGGGCAAUCUGAAUUCUCGGUGGCAACAACGAUGACAGAGGGAUAUUCAGAGAGGGGUUCUGAAUUUGGAUCACAAUGUACAUCUUUGGAGGAUCUGAUAAGCGCAACAGAAAGUGGGAUACAUACUCCGUCUAUCUCAAUUGAUUUGGAAGCCUAUUCGGACCAGUUUGAGAAAAAAUCACAAACUGAUGAAGCAUUUAGAUUGAGUGAUACAGGUUCUACUCGGUCAUUACCGAUGUCGAAUUCAAUGGCCGAUCUUGUAUCUUUGGGAGAAUGGCCGGAACAACAAGAAGAACAAGAACAAAAACCAGAACAAACACAAAAGAAAUUGAACGUAAAAUCAUCCAAGAACUGGGAGCUUGAGCUAGUAGAGGCCGUUGCACCAUUGACACAACCUUUGCCUAAUGUAGUCAAGGGUUUUGAGGCCUUGCCGGAAAAAGAACACAAGGUACAAGAGACGGUGGUGGUAGACAGUGCAAAAGCCGGUUGGGAGGUUGUGCUUUAUGAAAUGGCCGCAACACCAUCGACACAGACACAACCCACCCCCAAUGAUACACCUGAAUUAACCCCCACAUCAACUGUCGCCACCACCACCACCAAUACCACUGCUGCUCCUGCAGAUUUCCAGGCAGUGUUUCCAGCUGCUGACAUCCUUGCCACCACCGUUGCUCCUGCCAAUUUCCAGGCGGUGUUUCCAGGUGCUGAGACGUUUUCUUCGGCACCAACAUUUCAAGCAGCUCCAACCUUCUCAGCUCAGAAUAAAAAUGACACCACACUAGCAUUGCAAAAUGAGAAUGACCCUUUUGCGACGUGUUCCACUGCAUUGGCUAAUGAAGAAAUGUUUAACGGGUCCAGGAAUCAGCAGAACUUUUUGCAUGAACAACAGUUGUGGCUGCAGCAUCAGAACAAGAUCAUAGCAAAGCAUAUGGCUUGA